AUGAGUAAAUCCCUGUUGGCUUUCGUUUGGAUCGCGGGCCCCCUUACUGGAACCCUGGUGCAGCCGUACGUGGGCAUCCGGAGUGAUAACUGCCGGAUCUCAUGGGGCAAGCGGAAGCCAUUUAUGGUCUUCGGCGCUGCGGCGACCAUCGUCGCGCUGUUGGCGUUGGCGUGGGUGCGCGAGAUCGUUGCGGGGGUGUCGGGCUUGUUUGGGGUCGAGGCGCAGUCGGGGGGGGUCAAGACUGUGACUAUUGUUGUUGCGACGCUGUUGAUGUAUUGUCUUGAUUUUGCCAUCAAUACGGUACAAGCUGGGAUUCGCGCUUUUAUUGUCGACAACGCCCCUGCACAUCAGCAGGAAACGGCCAACGCCUGGGCGAGUCGAAUGACUGGUGUGGGAAACAUCUUUGGCUACGUCUGUGGAUACCUGGAUCUGCCCAGGGUCAUGCCCUUUUUCGGCAAUACGCAGUUCAAGGUGCUCUGUGUGAUUUCGUCCAUCGCCCUCACCGGCACGCUGGCCCUAAGCUGCUCGUACAUCAAGGAACGAGACCCGCGCACCGAAGGCCCACCCCCGGCGGACGGGCUCGGCGUGGUCUCCUUCUUCAAGCAGGUGCUCUGGUCGAUCCGCCGGCUGCCGCCGCAGGUCAGAAAAGUGUGCCAGGUCCAGAUCGCCGCCUGGGUCGGCUGGUUCCCGUUUCUGUUCUAUGCGACCACCUACAUCGGCCAGUUGUACGUGAACCCGAUCUUUGAUGAGCACCCGGAUCUCCCGGCCAGCGAGGUCGACCGCACCUGGGAGGAGGCCACCCGCUUCGCCACGUUUGCCCUGCUUCUCAACGCAAUCAUCUCCUUUGCCUCCAACAUCAUCUUGCCCUUCUUGGUCGUCCCCACCACGUAUAAGCCGGUAAUCACCGAGAGCGGGAUCGAAGAUACUCUAGAAGAAGGAGAAGAAGAAGAAGAAGAAGAAGAAGAGGAGGAAGAAUCUCUUUCCAACUCCCGGAGACUGUCUAUCUCCAACAUUCCCGUGGGGACCUCAUCGGACCCGCUCUUGGACUUUCCCGAACACUCUCACCCUCACCCUCACCCUCCAACCGGACCAACCAGCUCGUGGCUCUCGAAAUUGCAGAUCCCGGGCUUGACGCUCCGCCGAACCUGGUUCCUGUCCCAUUUGUUGUUCUCGAUCUGCAUGUUCACCACCUUUUUCAUCACCAGCUACCAGGCCGCGACGGUGGCGAUCGCCUUUGUGGGCAUCUCCUGGGCACUGGCGCUAUGGGCGCCAUACGCCCUGAUCUCGAGCGAAGUGGCCCGCCUGGACGCCCAGCGCCGGGCUCGUCGCCACGAACUGGAGAUGCGAACUCCACCGCCCAGGGGAGAAGAUAUGGCAAGCGCCUCCUCUUCUGAUCUGGAGAACGGUCCUGACACUAAAGCGUCUGGUCAAGACGACGACCAGGUUGUGGCGCAGGCGGGGAUCAUUCUCGGCCUGCACAAUGUGGCCAUCUCCUUCCCUCAGAUCAUCUCGAGCCUGCUCAGCAGCGCGAUCUUCAAGGCCCUCCAGAAGCCGAGAGGACAGCCGUGGGACAACAGCGUUGGCUGGUAUUGGCGAGCGGUGGACUCUGAUACCGACCCGGAAGAUGAAGUGCCAGAGGCAGGCACCAAGGAGAUCUUCAGCUCCUGGGCGCUCUUCAUCCUCAUCAUGCUCUUGAUGUUCGCCUUGUUUACGAGUUAUAUCUUGCAACAGAGGAAGAUUCAGGCGGUACAUGAAACGGUCUUGUCUAUUUUUGCUGGAAUGUUUGUCGGAUUGAUCAUUCGCCUGAGCCCUGCGUCCCCCAUCCAAGACAGCGUGACGUUCGACUAUCAGUUCUUCUUCAACCUGCUUCUGCCGCCGAUUAUCCUGGCCUCGGGCUACGAGCUGCACCAGGCCAACUUCUUCCGCAACAUCGGGACGAUCCUGACCUUUGCGUUUGCGGGCACCUUCAUCUCCGCCAUCGUGCUGGGGCUGGUCUUGUAUAUCUGGACGCGGAUCCCGCUCGACGGGCUGAACAUUUCCUUUGUCGAGGCCAUCUCCGUCGGGGCCACCUUAUCCGCCACGGACCCCGUCACCAUCCUCGCCAUCUUCAAUCUCUACAAGGUCGAGCCGAAACUGUAUACCGUCAUCUUCGGCGAGUCCAUUCUCAACGAUGCCAUUGCCAUUGUUCUGUUUGAGACCGCGCAGAAGUACGCCGACAACGAUGCGGGCUCGCUGACCUUCCUCAACCUGUUCGAGGCCAUCGGCGUCUUCUUGCUCGUCUUCUUCGGCAGUAUGGUCGUCGGAAUCAUCGUCGGCAUCGCAACGGCUCUCGGCUUGAAGUAUACCCAUGUCCGCCGCGUCCCCAAGAUUGAAAGCUGCCUCAUUGUGCUCAUCGCCUAUGCGAGCUACUUUUUUUCCAACGGCGUUCAUUUGUCAGGCAUCGUCUCGUUGCUCUUCUGUGGCAUCACCCUGAAGCACUACGCCUACUAUAACAUGUCCCGCCGUACCCAGUUGACCACCAAGUACCUGUUCCAGGUCAUGGCGCAGCUGUCAGAGAACUUCAUCUUCAUCUACCUAGGGCUGGACCUGUUCGUCGAUACAGACCUGCAAUUCAAGCCGCUCUUCAUCCUGGUCGCCGUGCUCGGCAUCUGCUUUGCUCGCUACCUGGCUGUGUUCCCGCUGUCCAAGGCAAUCAACUGGUUCAUCCGCUACCGCGCCCGGCGCCGGGGGCAAGAGGUGGCCGACGAACUGCCCUUUGCCUACCAGGCCAUGCUCUUCUGGGCGGGCCUGCGUGGUGCCGUCGGGGUCGCCCUGGCGGCGGGCCUCAAGGGUGCCAAUGGCCCCGCCCUCCGCAUGACGGUCCUUGUCGUCGUCGUGCUGACGGUCAUCAUCUUCGGAGGUACCACCGCGCGCAUGCUGGAGAUCAUGGGUAUCCGUACUGGCGUGGUCGAGGAGAUCGAAUCGGACGACGAGUUUGACAUCGAGGUCACCCAUGGCGGCACCUACUAUAAGCGGUCGGACACGUCGCUCGGCUACACCCCACGCCACAUGGACUCAACCAUCCCGCUCGACCGUGUCAACAAUAGUGGCAUUGGAGGAGGAGGAGGAGGAGGAGGAGGAGGAGGAGGAGCAGCAGCAGCAGCAGCAGCAACAGGGAGGGGCCGCCCAGGAGGCAAUUCCCGCCGUACAGACAGUUACUCGAGCGGAAACAGUCGUGUUCCCACUCCGCAGGCGCGAGGCAAAUCGAACGGCAGCCGCCGCAACACCCAACCCAGCCGCUUCUCCAACUUUGCCCAGAAUGAGACCCAGGCGCGACGCGACCGUCUCUCCACCUCGACCCUGCUUGGCCCCGGGGCGGGCAGCCACAGUGGAAGCGAGGACGAGCUCGGUAGCGGCGCCGCGGGCAAGAAUCGCGGUGAGAACCACGCCGCCGCCGCCGCCGCCGAAUCGAUCGACGAGUUCGAUCUUGACUUUGAUGACGACCUGGAUGAUGAUGAUCUGCCCCCAGCCGUCGCCACCACCCGGAUGCGUCGCUCUCCCUCGCAACCCUCGCAGUACCUCGACCCUGCGGCAACUGCACAGGGAGAAGGGUCUCUCGCAUCCGCGAGUGUCUCUCCCGCCCCCCUGCAGCAGCAUCAGCAUCAGCCAGGCCUCAGCGCGCGCGAUGCCAUCCGCGACUUUUUCUCCGGUGGGCCAUCAGGCGACCAUGCGGCCUGGUUCCGCCAGCUGGACGAGGACUACAUCAAACCGAAGCUGCUGCUCGACCAGUCGAACCAUAAAGGACCUGGAGCGGUAUGA